AUGCCGUCUCCGUCGAAAGUGAUCUUCGCGCGUGACGUCGCCUUCAGAGAUAUUCGACGCCUUCUGUCAGACACAAUCAGAAUUGCGGAUGAAUCCUUUCCGACUACAGUGGAUAAUCGAGCGAAUUCGAAGAGGAAGCAGAGGGACGAAGAUCCAGGAACAGUCGGAACGCCUGCCAGGAAAGUGAGGUUCAACCCCAAUCCCGCACCGAAACAGCCAAAGCCCGAUGUCAAGGUCGAGCGACGGAAGCUCAGGAAUAGUCCAGUAACCUAUUUGACGUUCAUACACCUGGGGUCGAAGCGAUUGGCAGCAGUGGUCGUGCCCGAAGAUGCGAUGAAGGGGGAGAAAGUGGAACCUGGGGCAUUAUACAUCAACAAGUAUGGCGAAGGGCAAGUGCAAAUAUGGGUGCUGGAGUCGGGAGGUCGAUGGGUGAACGCCGAAGAGGGGACGGAACACCCAACGUUGACGGGUUAUGGGCUGAGUCUGCAGAAGGGAGACGGUAGCUGGGUGAAGUCGAAGUCCCUCAACACAUACCGCUACCGGCAAAGUGGCCGGCUCAAGAGGGAGGCUGAUAUAUACAUCGUGCUUCCUCCUUUCUCCUACUUUACCUUCCACCGCGAGAUGCCCACGCAGAAGUUCUUUCCACCUGUGACGAAUCGAGUGCAGUUCCCUUUUGAAAGAACACCAAGCCCAGAUUUCGAACGCAAACUGACCAACCGGACCAUUUACCCAUUGGAGAUACCUCCUACUGAGGAUUCUGUAGAUUCUCCCCGAGAGUCCCCAGCCUCUGCGAGGAACGGGGACCCUAAAAGGCCGGAACAUUAUCCAUUUUUUAACCUCGAAGCCUCGCUGUUGGAGAAACCACGUCGUCCAAUCGGACCACUUGGCAAGCCAAGAGGCGGCGGUUAUUCGCUCCGUGGGACGUUGUUGAAGACAUGGGACCCCCGAUGGUACAGAGACGUUCAGCGAGAACUCCAAGAAAUUUGCACUAAGCAUUUCACCCGUCGAGGAGGUUGGGACCAUCAGGAUGUUCAGAAGAAGGCGGACUAUUUAAAAGAAGCGUUGGCACUUUAUCCUUUUUUCGGCGAUUAUCCUGGCGCUUGGCCUGCCGAAGAUUUCGCAAAGCAGUAUCUGAAAAACCGAAAGUUCUGA